AUGGCAAAUUUGGGUUCUGGGGUUCUCAUGAAGCUUCUUGGAGAAAUGGGUGUGGAUGAAAAGGUGUCAGAGGAUUGUAAACCUGUUUUGUUGCAAAUCAGAAGCAUAAUUCCUGUGCUGGCAGAGGGUGAUCUUUGGCCUAACCAGGGUUUUUACUUGAAGGUUUCGGAUUCUUCACAUGCUCUGUACGUGUCUUUGCCUCAAGAACAAGAUGACAUGGUUCUUUGCAACAAAUUGCGACUUGGGCAGUUAAUAUAUGUGGAAAAAUUGGAGGUGGCAUAUCCGGUUCCCAUGCUUAAAGGUAUAAAACCCAUUCGGGGUCGGUUUGAGUGCGUUGGAAAUCCUAAAGAUCUUAUUCCCAUGGAUAAUUUGGUGAAGAAGAUGCGGGGAAAGUUUCGUUCUUUAAGUACUUCAAGAGUCCGUGAAAAUGAGGAGAAAUAUAGAAGAGUCUCCAGGUCUAGAAAUCGUGAUAUUGAGAGGAGUCCUUCUCAUGUAAAGAAGGUGUCUAAAAAAAAUGGUUUUGUUGACAAAGAUAGUGAUUCUGAGAGCACAAUAUCUUCUCCCUCUUCUAUGUCAGCCGUCAAGAGAAGAAGCUGGAAUGGGGUAGACAUUCCAGAAUCCCGGAUUAUCAAGCAAUGGGUGAAACCAAUUGGUCGCACUCAAAGUGCUCAAUUUCCUCCUAUUUCUCCUUCUGGGGAUGAUAGCUCAGAUGACAUUUCAAGCUCUAAAUCGGAAAGAAAAGAUAUUGGUAUAGAUAUUAAAUCCGUCAAAAGUUCCAACAAUUGUAGGAUCCUUACGUCGGCAAAAUGCUAUGAGGAGUCCUUAGAUCCUGCAGGAGUGUUCAGUUUGGUUAAGGAUGAAAAAUUGACAGAAACUACAAUUUUAUGGAACUCCCUUUCCUCAAGCUUAGUGAAUCUUGCCAAGGUACAGUUCUUUAAUUCAUUUUUAUGA